GGGUUUUCCUUGAGCUUGCAACUAUGUGCAAAGUGGUUAUUUGUUGCAGAGUAUCACUACUUCAAAAAGCACUUGUUGUAAAACUAGUGAAGCAUCACCUUAAAGCCAUUCUUCUGGUUAUUGGUGAUGGUACAAAUGAUGUUUCAAUGAUUCAAGCAGCUCAUAUUGGUGUUGGAAUUAGUGGUCUUGAAGGAAUUCAAGCUGUUCGUAGUGCAAAUG